AUGGGACACCACUCUUGUUGCAAUAAACAGAAGGUCAAAAGAGGGCUAUGGUCACCUGAAGAAGAUGAAAAACUCAUUAACUACAUCACAACUUAUGGACAUGGUUGCUGGAGUUCUGUCCCAAAACUUGCAGGUUUGAAGAGAUGUGGAAAGAGUUGCAGAUUAAGAUGGAUAAAUUAUCUAAGACCUGAUUUGAAACGUGGAAGUUUCUCUCCUCAAGAAGCAGCCCUCAUUAUCGAACUCCACAGCAUUCUAGGCAAUAGGUGGGCUCAGAUAGCCAAGCACCUACCUGGAAGAACAGAUAAUGAGGUGAAAAACUUUUGGAAUUCAAGCAUAAAGAAGAAACUCCUUUCUCAUGAUCAUGUUGUUCCUUCUUUUGCCACAUUUUCUGAUAUUCACAGCCCCAUCAAUAUUGGUUCUUUGGAAAGUUUAUUUCCUUUAACUGCAAACCCUAAUGUGAUCCUAAACUUUCAUCAUCACCAAAACCAGCUAUACCUUCCAACCCCAUCUCCAAUCCUACAAGGUUUUGAUCAUAAUGAUAUUAAGGUAGACAUUGACAAUUAUAAUGCCAAUUUCUUUCAUAAUCAGAAUCCAAUUCCAGAAACAGUACUACCAUCCAAUCCAUCCUCUUAUGAAGAAGAUACAUGGUCAUUGGGUUGUGUAGCUCUUCAUGAUCUUAAACCAAAUCAGGAAAAUCAAAUUAGUGAAAUUACCAAAAGUGAUACCACCCCACAUUAUGUUGUUGACAAAUUCAUCAACCCAACUGCAUUGCAGCAAUAUGAAUGUCACUUGGUGGAACCUAUUGUGCCAAAAGUCACCGAAAGCAUUGAGGAUUAUGUUUGUAGCAUCCCAACUACAUCUGCUUCCAAGGAACAUGUGGGUCCAGAAAAAAUUCAGUGUUACUCACACAGUAAUUAUCCGCUUCAUCAAACUGUGACAGUCAAUCAAUUGGAGUACAUUGAUGCACUCAUGUCAUCAUUGCCAUACUCAACAACCUCAUCAUCAGUGUCAAGCAGUAAAAUAGUCACAAACCCUAUUAUUCCUUCGGGAUGGGAGCCAUGA